GGGCGCAAGUCUACAUAAACAGUGCCUGUGUGAAUGAUCUAGCCCGCAGUUGUCAGUCUGGUACGCUCCGAUUCGCGAUUCUCUGACUCACCGAAAUUCUCUUCCCCACCCCCUUGCUUGUCGCCAAGAACUUCUUGCAGUCCUGUUCACUCAACUUCCAGUAUUAGGAUCAGUUCACCAUGGCACAAGUGACGCUGAGUCUCAUCACCGCAGCCCUCGUGCUGGUGGCGCUGUUCUCAAAGUCUUCAGCUGGUGUGAUCGACGAAGACGAUUCACACAAAGUACGCAAGGGCUGCUUUAAUCUCGACGACGGUUUUGAUCUCCCCGUCUCAUCCGACGAACAGGGUCGUUCUUCAACAGACAAGCCCCAGGACGUGACCCCCGAGGGGGCAUCACAGGUGCAUGCCGGCAUCAGUGUCGUCGAGGACGCGGAAGAAAGCGCUGACGAGGAUCCCGCCGAGGACGUCGAGAACGAGGUGCUGCCCGCCAUCCCCGCAAACGAGGACCAGGACCAGGUGAAGAAGGUGGAACUCGGCCAGCCCGGGGAGAGCCGCUACCGACACGGUGUCGCCCCUGCCAAGCUGCCCGCCCUGGAGACGGACAAAGCUCACGCCUACAGGACCUCCAUCAUCCACCCUUACGGAGACGACUUGCACGCGUAGAGACAUGUAGGCGUGAGGCCAGAGCUGGGCCCUCGCUAGGUGUUUUAAGGCUUCGCUCUCUCAUCGACUACUCGCUGAAGGAUAGAAAUGUGACUCAAUAGUAUUGACAUUGUUUUUCGCACAUGUUACAUUUAAAGCUCACUGAAGCUGACACAUUGUCGCUCGCCAACUA